GAGACAUGACGCGGCUUUCUGCGAGAUCAUCUGCAGCAACAAAUCGGCUCCAGAACCUGAAGACAAUCUGCACAUUUCUGCGAGUGGGUCAUGGAGGUGUCGUCUCACAGCCUCUUCCUGCUGCAGCAGCUCAACGUUCAGAGAGAGUUCGGCUUCCUGUGCGACUGCACUGUCGCCAUCGGAAACGUCUACUUCAAAGCUCACCGCGCCGUCCUCGCUGCCUUCUCCAACUACUUCAAGAUGAUCUUCAUCCACCAGUCCAGUGAGUGUAUAAAGAUCCAGCCCACCGACAUCCAGCCGGACGUCUUCAGCUACCUGCUGCACAUCAUGUACACCGGCAUGUGUCCCAAACAGCCCGUGGACCAGAGCCGGCUGCAGGACGGCAUCAAGUUCCUGCACGCCUACCAGCUGUGCCGGAAACCCGGCGAGGGCGCCGCCGACGCCGCUGCAGACAUGGUGCGCAUGUCCAACCUGUACGGCAUCCAGAUCUCCUCCCAGCUGGCCAACAAGGACGCACCGGGAGUCCCCAAGACCAUGGCGGUGUCCCGCGGGGCCCCCGAGGAUGGACGCCGGGGAGGUCGGUCCCACUCCCAGCUGUCCCUCGCCGUCGGACUGGAGGGGAUCCCGUCAGACCGCCAGGCCUCGACACAACGCAACGUCUGCUCCGUGGCGUCUGGAGACGACUCUGACAUCUCGACCCGCAUCAAGCAGGAGCGGGUGGAGGAGGAAGAGGGGGAGGAAGGCGAGGCGGAGGAGGGGCAGGGGACGGGGUCUCCCUCUCAGGGAAGCAGUCCCAGUCAGAGCCUCCUGUUUAAGGACCGGCCCCUCGUCCUGCUGUGUCCCCGCUGUGGAGAGCGCUGCUCCUCCCCUGAGGACCUGCGGGAGCACCUGUUCAGCCACGCCCUCGACCCCGCCCGCCUGAUGGAGGGGCUGCCGCAGGGCGGGGAGCUGGAUGCUGGCGGUGAGGAGGGGCCAGCGGGGGCCCAAGACCAGCUGGACGCAGGGUGUCUGGAGGAGGCGCUGAGACAGAGCCAGGCGCUCGCCAACCAGCUGGCCGCGGAGCUGAGGAGGAGCCGGGGGGGAGCGGGGGGAGGAGGGGGGAGCAGCCCCACCCCCGCCGUCCUGCACUCCCGUAAACGGAAGAUCGCCUGCGCCGUCUGCAGCCUGCGCUUCGCCCACAAGAGCCAGCUGCAGGAGCACAUGUACACCCACACCGGCAAACCAUCCCGCUACCACCGCUACAACCGCCUCUGCAGCCAGCUCUUCCAGGCCUCCGCCCACUUCUGCGAGGGCGCCGCAGAGCCCGGGGGAGGGGGCGGGGCCUCCUCUGGCGUCGCCACGCUCUCUGAGGAGGUCAACAGGGACACUCAGGACAACGGCAGCUCCUGCUACUCCCUGGACUCUGAGAUCUCCCAGGAGAGCGUGGACGGCGUUCCUGUGGAGUGAUGCGUCGCCACCAGGUGGCGUGACGGAGCACACGGUGGUUCUGUGGGCGGAACCAGCAGACGUUCUCUCUGGACUCAGACUGGACUCUGAGCUUUGUGUUGUCGUCUGUGUCUCUGCUGCUGUCUGCUGGUCCGGUACCUGUGCAGGUGUGUGUGUGAGUCAUGUGAUCAUCAGCUGUGACGGUCCGACUGUUGCUUUUUUACACGUUUCAGUUCGUAAACUUCCAAAUCGAUCGACAGAAAAUUAAUCCCCAAAUAUUUUCAGUCAUUUUUUAAGAAAAUAAAUUCUCUGGUUUGAUGUGAAUAUUUUCUGUUUUUCUACUAAAACUGAAACUGAACGAGGCGUUUGAGGACACUCUGGACAUUUUCACUGCUGACAGCUCCUUUAUCAAUAAAAGAAUCAGCAGAUUAAUCAAUACUGAUCAAUAACUAAUCACCAUCAGUUCAUCUCAUCCUGCUGAUCAGUUUCUUUAGUUCCUGUUUGAUUCUGUGAAGUCAGCUCUGUACACACUGAAACGUAUCCUGAUCUUUCACACUCACCAGCGGACAGUGAACGCCUCACUGACUCUGAGGACGACACAGGACGAGAUAAAAAGUGGGACUGUUCCUUUAAUGUAAAGCUCCCAUCAGUGUGUCGUCGUGUCUUUAGACCCUGACAGGUUUUAUUGUGAAAAGACGCAGCAGUGCCUUCCUGUGGUGGUUCAAUGGUCGUUUGUGUCGUUUCAUCGGUAACUUAACGCUCGCUGACAAUCUGAGACAAGAAUCAUCGACAGUUUACCAGCUUUUUGUAACUCGUGUUUCCACCUGAUUGUUUCUUUUACAGAACCUUUAAGAACAAGAAGAAGAACACAAGCUCCGCCUCCAUCAGAGGAUCAUAACACUGUUUGGUUUUAUAUGUCCAAACGAGCAUUCUCAUCCCAACUCGUCACACGCUGCCGCUCAAUGACCUUAGCGUCAGAUACCAACACACACACAGGAACCUCUCACGACGUACGGAGGACCGUACAGGUGGGGCGGGAGGGGAGGAGGACAGGGUAAACCAAUUAGAGCUUAGAGCGAUCAAUAUGGCGGUGAUGUUGACGUAUGACCCAGCAGCCAAUGAGGCGUCGAUGUGUCUGUGCUACAACAGUAACGUAUGUAACAUGACUUGACGUCAGUAACCAUGCUGUUUUUCUCUGACCCUGACUAGGUGCAAGUUUAUUUUGAAAAAGACUGUCUGCGUCUAAAAAGCAGAAACUGUACACUUCCUGUGAAAAGUGGAAGUUUAUUUUGAAAAGACAGGAUGCAUGUAAGAAGCGUAGAUUCACACACCGUCCCUGAACGUCUCACUAUGACCAGGAGAAAACUGAGCGCGUCGUAUGUCGACGUGUGUGUCACUGACGGAGCACUGAUGUUUGACGAGUUGGGAUGAGACAAGUCUCAUGAGAUGUUAACAUCUUAUUUUGAAAGGGUGAUCAGUGGAGGAAACGGUGUCAUGGUCCUUUAACCCUCUGCUGGUGUUCAUUGAUAAGGAGUGGACAUGUUAUUGAUUAUUGAUGAGUGAAUGUCUGACAGUCGUGACGUCGUCUUCAUUCUGUGUUUCACUGUAAAAAAACAAACAAGAUCUAAACAAGAAGUUGUUUUGUACAUAGACGUUUGUUUUUCAUCGAUGGGACAAUAAAGUUUUGUAAAUAAAUGUCUUUUUGUACCAAUCAGAUCACUGAUCAGGUUUAAACUCAUUGAUCCAAUCGAUCAUCUCACUGAUGAUUUUAAG